AGGGUCUAGGAGUCCGGGUCCGGCCGGGGGCGGGGUGGGAACGCCUCGGACUGCGGAACAGAGCGCCCCGGACCGCCGAGAUCCGGAGCAGGCACCGCCGCCGCCGGGUCGCCGGAACGGGGGGAAGACCCAGAUCCCGCGAGACUCUUCCGCCGCACUUCCGGGGCCGCCACUUUCACUUUCUUUUCCGUGGAGGCUGCUCCCCUCCCUCUCCUGACUGACAGGGGCCGCUCCGCGGGGAAGGGAGUUGGGCUGAAAUCCAGCGACCCGGAGGGCGCCUUUCCCCUACAGGGAAAAGGGGAGGCCCUCCUCGGGGACUCGCAGCGCCCCUGCUGUGCGUCGUCCCUCCCCGCCGCCAGGCCUGUCCCGUUUCCUCUGUUGCCCUUUGCGGGCUUGGCUUGGUGCCCCCUUUCACCUCCCACGCGGGGUCCCGGCCCGUUCCCUAUCCCAGGCCCCAUCCCCGGUCCUCGGGUAGUGUGAUGCUACCCGACUGCCACCGGGGACACCGAGGCACAAAGAAGGCUUGGGCCGCGCCAGAGGCCACCGGCCUGGACUGAGUUGCUCGUGGUCGCCCGUCCUCUAGCAGGUGACCGGGAGGUGGCUUUUCCCCGGAGCUGCAGCCCCCGCCUGGGGGCAUGGGCACAACCACGCCAGAUGGACGAGAAGAUCAAGAAAGCUGAGGAGGUGGCCCAGAGACUCACCCGAGCAGUGGCUGGCGGGGAUGAACAGGUGGCUAUGCAGUGUGCCAUAUGGCUGGCAGAGCAACGGGUGCCCCUGAACGUGCAACUGAAGCCUGAGGUCUCCCCGACACAGGAUAUCAGGCUGUGGGUGAGCGUGGAGGAUGCGCAGAUGCACACGGUCACUAUCUGGCUCACGGUGCGGCCGGACAUGACGGUGGCCUCCCUCAAGGACAUGGUGUUCCUGGACUAUGGCUUUCCGCCAACCCUGCAGCAGUGGGUGAUUGGGCAGCGCUUGGCCCGGGACCAGGAGACCCUGCACUCCCACGGGGUGCGGCGGAACGGGGCCAGCGCCUACCUCUAUCUGCUGUCAGCCUGCAACACCUCACUCAACCCUCAGGAGCUGCAGCGGGAGCGGCAGCUGCGGAUGCUGGAGGAUCUGGGCUUCAAGGACCUCACGCUGCAGCCACGGGGCCCCCUGGAGCCAGUCCCCCCGAAGCCCGGGGGCCCCCAGGAGCCGGGGCGGGGGCAGAACGACGCCGCGCCAGAGCCCCCGCCGGUGGGCUGGCAGUGCCCCGGUUGCACCUUCAUCAACAAGCCCACGCGGCCCGGCUGCGAGAUGUGCUGCCGGGCACGGCCCGAGGCCUACCAGGUCCCCGCCUCGUACCAGCCGGACGAGGAGGAGCGAGCGCGUCUGGCCGGCGAGGAGGAGGCGCUGCGCCAGUACCAGCAGCGGAAGCAGCAGCAGCAGGAGGGGAACUACCUACAGCACGUGCAACUGGAUCAGCGGAGCCUGGUGCUGAACACCGAGCCUACCGAGUGCCCCGUAUGCUACUCGGUGCUGGCGCCCGGCGAGGCCGUGGUGCUGCGUGAGUGUCUGCACACCUUCUGCAGGGAGUGUCUACAGGGCACCAUCCGCAACAGCCAGGAGGCCGAGGUUGCCUGCCCCUUCAUUGACAACUCCUACUCAUGCUCGGGCAAGCUGCUGGAGAGGGAGAUCCGGGCGCUCCUGAGCCCCGAGGAUUACCAGCGAUUUCUGGACCUGGGCAUCUCCAUUGCGGAAAACCGCAGUGCCUUCAGCUACCACUGCAAGACCCCGGACUGCAAAGGAUGGUGCUUCUUUGAGGAUGAUGUCAACGAGUUCACCUGCCCUGUGUGUUUCCACGUCAACUGCCUGCUUUGCAAGGCCAUCCACGAGCAGAUGAACUGCAAGGAGUACCAAGACGACCUGGCCCUGCGGGCUCAGAACGACGUGGCUGCCCGGCAGACGACGGAGAUGCUGAGGUGCCAGAUCGUGGUGCAGAAGAAGGAUGGCUGUGACUGGAUCCGCUGCACUGUCUGCCACACGGAGAUCUGCUGGGUCACCAAGGGUCCUCGCUGGGGCCCCGGGGGCCCAGGAGACACCAGCGGGGGCUGCCGCUGCCGGGUGAAUGGGGCUCCUUGCCACCCCAGCUGUCAGAACUGCCACUGAGCUGAGGAUGACCUGGUCCCCAUGCUGACCCAGCCCCACAUCUGCAAGCUGCUGUGGGACAGGGCUGGUGCUUUGGCUCUGAUUUCUGGCCUGGGAGAUGCCUUUGCGCUUGGCUGAGACAGGGGCCCUGAAGAGGCCAAGGCCCCUGAGCUGUGUGGAUGGCCUUGUUUGCUGUGGGCAUUGCAGAGGCCCUGCCUGAGCUGGCCAUUGUCCGCGGCUGCAUCUGCCCCAGUGCCUUUGCCCUUCCUGGGGCUUGCCAGCCAGACCUUUCAUCUCCUCUCUGUGGCUCCCAUCUCUGCCUAACCCAGCCUUAAACACAGCCCUGGCCGGAGGCCUUGCCGGAUGGAGCCUCUGAGAGCCCCGUGUGAGUCCACACUUCCCUCAUCCACCUUCCUCAUCUGCAGGACGCUGAGCACUCACAGCCUACCACCUCCCCUGUCGGCUUUCUGGGGGUGACUUUUCUCUGGCUUUGCUGUUGGAGGCCUGGGGCCUCUUAGAAUUGCUGCUAAUUCUGCUCAGAGCCAAGAGGGAGACCUGGCAGUUUCCAAAGACAGCCCAGCUGGUCCAGCUUCCGUAUCUCCCUCUUUGCCGCCUGUGUAAACUAAUUAAAAUGGUUUUCCAGGGGGCUUCCCUGGUGGCGCAGUGGUUGAGAAUCUGCCUGCCAAUGCAGGGGACACGGGUUCGGGCCCUGGUCUGGGAAGAUCCCACAUGCCGCGGAGCAACUGGGCCCGUGAGCCACAA